AAAAGACCAAGUGGGGAUGGAGGGGACGGCAUCAACCGUCGCGCAUCACACCACCAAGGAUUGGCCGUGAUUUUGAGGCCAUCAUCUAUCUCGAUAUUGCCGGAAGAUAUCAGGAUAGGCUUUCAUCUAUUCUACAAGACAAGAUCGGCACGUUUAAUCGACCAAUUCCUCUCGUUACUGAUAAGAUUGUCCAAGCUCGAAUGCUUAGCGUCGACGAUCGCCGUGGCAGCGUUUCAUCUUGUCCGGAUCAAGACUCAGCCGGCGGUUGGCGGAAGGAAAUGCAACUCUGGAGUCAAUGGGAUUCUUUGAAAUAUAUUAACAAUUUUGGGGGGUUUGUGAUACUGCAUGGUUGCACUCUUUGCCCCUGAAGUGAAUAGCCUCAGGUUCUUCCCGCGCGUGUUUCAAGCAGAGUCGCAGAGCUGGGCUUAUUUAAAUCUUCUUUAACCCAGUUCGUCUUCAGUAUGCUUCUCUUCUAUCUGACAAUUCACUUACACCCACCAUGUCCCUGAAGACAAUCGCCCUCCUCUCCACGGUAGCCCUGGGCUAUGCUCUCCCAUCAACGCCAGUCCUAGUUCCUCGUUCUGCCUGCACUCCAACUGCAGGCGGAUCCGCAUCGAAAGAUGAUAUCCCAGCCAUCAAGGAAGCCAUCUCGUCGUGCGGUAAAGGAGGAACCAUUGUCAUCCCCAAGGACACGACCUAUUAUCUCAACAGUGUCCUCGAGUUUGAUGGCUGUUCCGGCUGUGACUUUCAAAUUGAAGGUCUGCUCAAGUUCGCCAGCAACACGGACUAUUGGGAGGGAAAGACAGCUAUGAUCGGUGUCUCUGACAUUGAUGGUCUGAAGAUCAGGUCACUCACCGGCGAGGGAGUGAUUGAUGGAAAUGGACAAGAUGCCUGGGACAAAUUCGCCAAAGACAGCGACUACGCCCGUCCAACCCUCCUCUACAUCGACGGCGGAAAUAACCUCGAAAUCUCCAACUUCCACAUCCAGAAUCCCCCAAACGUAUUCAUCUCCGUCAAAGGCGACGCCGCAAACAUUGCCUUCUCCAACCUCAACCUCUCCGCGACCUCCAACUCCGACAACGAGCCCAAGAACACCGACGGCUUCGACAUCGGCGCCAGCUCCUACGUGACCAUCACCAACACCACCAUCGUCAACGACGAUGACUGCGUCGCUUUCAAGCCCGGCUCGAACUACGUCACCGUCAGAGAUGUCAGCUGCACAGGCUCCCAUGGCAUCUCCGUGGGAUCGAUGGGGAAGAGCAACGACGACACGAUCAAAAACAUCUACGUGCAAGGCGCUACCAUGAUCAAUUCCACCAAAGCAGCCGGUAUCAAGACCUACCCAACCGGUAACGGGCAUGGCCUGUCCACCGUGUCCAACGUUACCUUCACCGAUUUCACCGUCCAGGGCUGCGACUACGCCAUUCAGAUCCAGAGCUGCUACGGCGAGGACGAAGACUACUGCGAGAAGAACCCUGGAAAUUCCAAACUAACUGGGGUCCUAUUUGAGAAGUUCAGCGGCACGACAAGUGACAAGAAUGACCCCGUCACUGGCAAUCUCAACUGUGGCGCUGAUGGUACCUGUGAUGUGAAGGUUAGCGAUUACACCGUGAAGGCUCCCUCAGGUGAUGGAAAGGUACUGUGUGGGAAUACGCCCUCUGAUAUUGGGACUUCUUGUUCGUCUGGUGCUUCUGGUUAGAAAACAUAAUUGGUUAUUUUAUGUCAUCUGUGCAGCAACCAUGGAUCGUAGAUGAAUCUGUGGUACGAUAUAUAUAUAUAUAGUUUCUGCAAUGUUGCCGAAAUAUAUUGCGAGUACCUAUCGAGC